AGUUGAUUGGCCCUCCUGAAACAUGACCAAGGUUGAUGUCGACAAACCCUCCGCCAUUCGACCACUUCAUGACGAGGUGGCUUCUCGUUACAAGGAGUUGGUGCGGCGAGAGCAGGCUUUGGCUGCACGAGAAAAGCUAGCCGCAGAAGUUUGUCAAGCACAGGAGGAGAGAGAACAAGAUUUGGAAGAGUUUGCUGUGCGAUUGCAGCAGCAGGAGGAGGCGCUUCGGAAGUUGGAAGUGCAAGUGGCAAAAGAAAAGCAGGAAGCCGCGCGAGAAUCCUUAGUCGCCAAGCCGGGCGAGGGCCGACAAACACAUGAAGAAACUGCAGGUCUGAGAUUGAGCGAGCGGGCAGGCCGGGUGGCGAACCGCGAGAAACGCCUUGCUGAAGACGAAGCGGCUUUGUUGCGACGAGAGAACCGGAUUGCUGAAAAGGAAAAGAGGAUGGAGGGCCGUGAACGUGAUGUCAUGGAGGCAGAGGGCCGGAACAUGCGGGAAUUGGCAGCAAGGAGGCGGCAAGCAGAGUUGAGGGAGUUGCGUGUGGCUGACUUGGAGAGCCGGCUGGCAGAGGCGUGGCGUUUUCGCUCUAUGCCCAAACCAGGUCAAGAAGCAGUUCUUCAGGGAAGUCCACUGACGAGUAGCAUAACUCCGACUUCCAGGAGGACACUGGCCUGCGAGAUGUCCAUGGCGGGCCCCGGUGAGGAGCUCACUCAGACCCUUCCCAAGAUGCCAAGUCAAGAGGAAGGCCAUCGAGUGAAUCCAAAGGUGGUGCGCUUCGUGGAGCAACGCGCUUCAGCACUGGCACCGCCCGCAUCCUGGGAGAGGUUUUCUUCGGCAUUGCAGCUGCUGCCGCCGCUUUCGCUUGAGCGUUUUUGAGAAACAUUUGUUUAACACUCAGUUGCUCGGACUUUUGCUGCCUUUCCGAUCCAUCGCCAUUUUCGACUUGGGAACUGAGCUAACCGAAAACCAAUGUCAGAGUGUGUGUGAAACCCUUGGAGUCACCGGGAACCUUUGGGUUUCAGUUUGCUUGGAAGUGGUGCGCAGUCUUGGAGUCACGAGUUUUUGGAACUUUGAGCUUUCAAAUUUCGAGAUGAUGAUUUGGUUAGACGCCUCUCCACUUGUACCUUUUAGGCUUCAUACUUCCUGGAUUCCUAGGUUUUACACUUAGGCUGGCGAGUGACAGGCCACAAAUCAGUACGGUACGCAAUAUCCCCCGUGUGUGUGUGAGUGUGUGAGUGAGAGGCCGCCGAACGCUGACCCGGACGAGCACACGCCGCAGAACGGCGGGGCCGGCCGACCAAGACUGACAGCUCGAAAGCGUGUAGCUGUCGAAGUCAAGCCCGAGGAGCCGAAAGAUGAGAAGUGGUAUUCGUCCACUCUGCGGCGGCUCACUCGUUGUGGAAGUUGAGUCCAGGGCGACGACCAGUUAGCACAGGGGAGACGCCUGUGGAUCCUGCACUUCCAGAAUUCACUUUUCGUUGUUUGAGUUGUUGAUCACCAAUCAAUUUGUGGAAUUCGUUUGAGCAGGCCAUCGGAAAAUCCGACGGAUGACGUCGCCUUUGCUCGUUGGCAGUUUGCAUUGCUGAUGGCUGAACAUGCUCUGAAUUCGCUCGCUUGUUUCAUCGUGGAAUCUUGGAAUCUAGGGGAAAGGGGGAAGGGAACGAGUCAAGGGGAAGACCUUUGCGAAAAGAUUGCGAAAAGAGAUCCAAGGCUGCCAAGAAGGCAAAGUUGGACUGCGUGACCUUUGGUUAAAGAACCGGCUUCUUCCCUUGCAAAGCUCCCGACAGCGCGUUUUUUUGACGCAUCGAUCUGCGAUGAAAGAAACGGCCUGCGGAAAAAGAAGAGAGCGGAAGCCGAGGCCGGUCUGAAGCUUGGCCGUGCAGCCAUCCAAGUUCUAAUCCGUGCUUCGCUGCCUUUUUCCAGAGGGACAGCGGCCGGGAGAUGUCUGGGG